GACCCCCUUAGAAGAAGAAUGGAUCACAUUUAAUAACGAACUCAUUGUGUUCCCCUGCGCCGCUCGAGCCUGACAGAGACGCACUCCAAAAUGCAGCGGCAUCUAAUCGUACCGAUUUUUUUUGCAUCCUUUUUGAAGAUCUGCACCGGGGCAGAUUGGUGCUACCAGUCCCAACAUACCUGUGCCACCCCUUGUAAUGGACCUGAGAAGUGGUACCAUGCCAACAAAGACUGUGAAGGCAGAGCCCAAUCCCCCAUCAACAUCGUCCACAGGAAGACCCUACCAGAUGAGCGCCUCACACCCUUCCAGUUCAGAAAAUACCAGGAUUCCUUCAGUGGCCUGAUCAAAAACAAUGGACACUCUGUUCAAGUGAAUGUGCCUCACCAACCGUAUGUCAUUGGUGGAGACCUGGAGACGCCAUAUAAGGUAGUGCAGUUUCACCUGCACUGGGGAAAGAACGGAGGACCAGGGUCAGAACACACUAUCGACGGAGAGCAGUACCCCAUGGAGCUGCAUAUUGUUCACAUGAAUGAGGAAUACUCAACAUUGGAAGAUGCCCUGAAAGACCCUAUAGGAGUUGCAGUCCUUGGAUUUUUCUAUGAGGAAUCACUCAGUGCCAACAGAAAAUAUGACCCCGUUGUAAAAGCCCUCCAGCGCAUCAUGAUGACUGGUGCCAAUGCAACUCUGGUGUCAGUUUCUCUGGAACAGCUGAUUCCUCCCCAGCAGAACCUAAGCAACUACUACCGUUACAAGGGCUCGCUCACCACCCCCGGCUGUACCGAGUCUGUGAUCUGGACUGUGUUCGAGAAGCCCAUCCCUCUCAGCAGAGACCAGCUGCGGGUGUUCUCAGACCUCCAGUUUAAGGAUGGCAAGCCUAUGGUGGGCACAUACCGGCCGGUGCAGCCCCUCAAUUGCCGCGUGGUGUACAGGUCGGGAGGCGCUGUGGUAGUGGCCAGCACUGCAAUCCUCUUGGCCUCCGUCACCAUGGCGAUGGGAUUAUCACAGCCCAACUAGAAGAAGGAAGGCAUUCUGAGCGAGCCGCACCACGACAUGCAUGAACACAAUGAGUUCUCAAAACAAAAAACCAAACAACCAACUGACAAACUAAAGUACAGCACCAACCAACAGCCAUGCCCUAAACAUUCAGCCUGAAAACCAACAUGCCCCAGGCCCUUACGAUACAUCAUAGUGAUUCAUGAGUUCUAGAGUUCUUGAAUUAUCGAGUUCUGUAGCUCAAGUUCUGAAGUUCACAAGUCCUACAGUCCAUAGGUUCAACCUCCCUCCCUGUCCAAUGUCAGAUCAAUUUAGAGUCCUCAGCCUAAAUUUACAAUACAAAAUGUGAGGAGCCUCUGCUCAGUGCUCAGGUCGUUGGGUCACUGCACUAGAGUCUAAACAUAGACGUCAAUAAAUCCAUGACCUAGUUGGUAUUAGACUGGCACGUGAUCGUGUUCUUAGAACGGAAUGUGUGAAUGGUGGGUCAUAGCUAAUAAUAGAUAGCACUCAUAAAUACUCUCCAGUUCAAACCUAGGAGAGGAGGAGAGAGAGAUGCCAUGGUCUCAUGAGGCAAGUGACAGGGGGAUUCUGAAGACUCAGUUUCUAGAAGCUAAACACAGUAGCGUUUAAGAUAACUAACUCAUUCAUUGAUUAAUAAAUAGAUGAAUCAAUUGAUUUGAAAAAUGGACUCAUUGAUUGAUCCUUAUUGAACCGUUGUCAUUACAGUGUUCUGACCAAUUAUCCAUAUCAAAUGUUUAGCAUUGAUCUGCAUGUUCUGUCAUGCUGGAAUCUUGCUGUACAGUACCAUACAGACUGUACAACUGUAGCACAGCCUUCUACCCAGCCACCAUGGACACUUCAGUAACGUUAUACUCCUUCUCCACCAGCUAGGCCAACUAAACUGUCUCAGGUUCAUCUUUGCGAACAUGCGACUAGGUUCGUGGCUUGGAUUGCAGGGUCUCGGAUGCAUUGAAUUAUGCCCACUGUGAAUUAUUACUACAUUCAAUAUUUUGACUUAUCAUUUUGUUUAUUCACAUGGCUUCUAUCUAGCUAAUUCAAGCAAGAUAUUUGUUUCUUGAGUUUCUUGUGAAUAAGACAAGAUUGAAGUGGGAAUAUAUUAGAAAUAUUCCAUUGUUUCAUAACGCACCAAUGUUAUAUUUCUAUACUCUUGACAUUUGUACACAUGUAUUUAUGUACUGUAUGUGUCACGCCUGCUCCCGCUUCCCCUCUCUGGCGCUCGAGGGCACCAGACUGCCCUUCAAUACGCACACCUGUCACCAUCAUUACGCGCAUCAGCACUCACUGGACUCACCUGGACUCCUUUACUUUGUUGAUUGCCCCUCUAUAUCUCUCUGCUCCUCAGUUUGUUCCCCGUGUCAGCAUUGAUGUCGUUACGUUUUCCCCUGUCCAGAUGCUGUCCUUGUUUGUUUCUUGUCUAUUAUCCAUUAAAUGUUCACUCCUUGCACUUGCUUCUCGUCUCCCAGCAUCGGUCGUUAUGUGUAUAUUGACAUAUAAAGACACACUGUUGAUGUUAUUUAUAUAUAUCUAGGUAUUUAAAAGUUUAUAUAUCGACAUCUAUCAGAAAGAAGAACCAACGCAAAAAAGUUUCAUUGACUGCAUUAUCAAGUGGUUUCUGACCAAUUCAAAAUACCUGUACUCUUGGAAUGAUCUAUGUUGACGUUCAAAAUUAUUGAAUAGUUUUGUUUGUUUAUUUGUAAUGCUUGAAAAUGUUAUAAGUGAUAUGGAGAAUGUGUUCCGAUUGAACAAUAAACUACUGAC